AAUCUCAUCAACAUCUCCGUCUAUUUGAAGAUCGGGCUGAAGGACUCCAUCAACAUCUGCUUCUUCGUGCUCUCGUGCGCCGACCUGACCUGCGUGGUGAUGCUGGGGGUGCAGGACGUCAUCGCGAUAUUCCCAGAGAGCAUCCAACUGGUGUGGCGAACCGACGGCCUCUCUCUGAAUUUCCUCGUGGCUUUUUACUACGGCGCUUUCUACGACGUUUCUCAAGGGAUCACGACGUUCAUAGCCGUCCAGAAAUGCUGGUGCGUCGCGCUGCCGUUUCGCUUCAAAGGCACGUUCACGACGGCUCGGACGGCCGUCAUCGUGGCCGCUGUUUCGGUCGCAGCCUUAUCGAUGAAUCUGCCCGUGUUGAGCACGCAGGGUCUGCAGGAAAUAAUGCUCCCGGGCGCCAAUGCGACUCUGCUUUUGUUAUGGACGGCUGAGAGCAGGCAGCAGAUUAUCCCCAUCGUGGGGCUCGUGUCUUUAAUCUACACCAACACGUGUCAGUUCACGGUCAUCUUCUGCUUGGUGGUCCUGGCGUCAAACUUACGGGCGUCGUCGAAGUUCAGGAACUCAUCGACUGUUAGCACCGUGGAUCCACCGGCAACCUCCGAUCUAAAAAUUGACGUCACCAAAGCAAGUGACGUCACCAAAGCCAGUGACGUCACCAAAGGCAGUGGCGUCACUAAAGCCGGUGACAAGAACUCGAAGCAAAAUUUGAUGACUGACAGAUUAAGCUGUAAGAAAGGGACGGCAGGUCACCGGACCAUCACCGGAAAUCGCGCUGGCGAGAUAAGUACCUCCGGUCGUAAAGACAUUGCGCCCGCGCCUCGCCGAAAUAAGAUAACGUCCCGGAAAGAACUGCAGGCCAUCAAGUCGACGACGUUUGUGUCCAUCCUGUUCGUCUCCUGCAACACGUUCAAGUUGUUGAACUACUACGUCAUCCUGUGCGUCCCGGAGUACAAGCUCAACGGUCGUUUUCAGAACACCUACUUCCUGUCCAAUAGCUGCAGGAUUUUUUUAGAAUCCCUGCACAUCUCGCUCAACAUGUUCGUCUACCUGAAGUUCAACACGCGGUUCAGGUCGACGCUGAUGUCCGGCUGUGGGACCGGC